GCCUUCAUCCUGCUCAUCCUCCUUCUACAGUUCCACGUCUUAUCGCUCUCCCCUUACACGCAUCCUCGAGACCUCGCCUCCACCCGAGGCUGUUGUACGUCACCAGGCUGCCAUUCACACCCACGCGUCGUUCGACAUGCCUUCAUCCACAGGCCCAGUGAAUGAGGACACUCUCAUCACCAUCAAGGUCUCGUUCGACGACUCUACCAAGAGACUCAAGUUGCCUCUCAAGGACCUUGGUGCAAACACGCUUCCUGUCAAGCUCCGUCAAGUUCUCUGCAUCGCCCCCGACCAAGCUGUCGUCUUCGAGCGCUAUUCCGACUCGGCCGGCGGCUAUGUCGUCCUCGACGACUCCAACCCUGCCGUCUUCAAGACUCUCAUCCGUGCUGCCAAGGCCAAGUUGAAGCUCAAGCUGAGAGCAUCUGCUCCCUCAGAAGAGACCAAGAUUGAUGCCCCAUCUGAGGAGUCAUCUGUCGUUCCCGAGGCCCCUAUUGCGCCCUCGAGAAGCGCCACUACCCUCGAUCAGCACUCCAUCGGACCCGGCAUCUUCGAGUUCCGUGAUGCACUCAGCUCCAUGAAGACCGACGUCGAGGCCCCAGUCCCUCGUCCAUUUGACUUCACCGCAAACACAACUGUCCAGGGUGUCAAGCAUGUCCUGCCUCUGCGUGUGGCCCAAUCCAUCGAGGAGGUCUCCAGAGGCCCAUGGUCGGUCUUCUGCAACUCUUGCGAUAGAGUUAUGAGCAACGUGCAUUACCAUUGCGGAGUCUGUGAUGGUGGUGACUUUGACCUUUGCGAGACUUGCAUCACCAACGGUGCCGCCUGUCUUGGUGAUGGUCACUGGUUGGUCAAGCGCUCUAUUCAAGAUGGCAAGGUCAUCAGCAGUACCACGGAACGCUUUGCUCCCAAGCCCAAGCACUCCGCUUCGUCUGCACCUCUGCCCAAGUUCGAGGUUGUCAAGGACAUUCCUGGAGCUUUCACUGAUGAUGUCAAGACCUUGUCAGAGUCGAUGCGCACCUGCAACGCCUGUGUCGUUACGCUCCCCGACCGCGACUUUGUCACAUGCAUCCAAUGCGAUGAUUAUGACCUCUGCUUGAACUGCCACACACUGAAUGCCCACGGUCACCACCCCGGCCAUCACUUCAAGCCUGCUGUCGACGGUGCAGAUCUUUCGCUUGCUCAGGAGGCUCUUCUCCCUGCCGGCCGCAACUUCAGACACACUGCUAUCUGCGACGGCUGCGACAAGAUGAUCCAUGGCGUGCGACACAAGUGUUUCGACUGUCCUGACUUUGACUACUGCGGCGAAUGCCACCAGAAUGCUCGUCACACUCACCCCCGCCACCGCUUCGCUGCCAUCUACGAGCACUUCAAGGGCCGUCCUGCAUCGUCCGUCUCUCACCAUGGCAUCUACUGCGAUGGUCCGCUUUGCAAGGGCAAGCCGCACCAAUCUUACAUCCAAGGUGUGCGAUACAAGUGUGUCGUCUGCCAUGACACAGACUUCUGCCAGAACUGUGAAGCUUUGCCUACUACCCAUCACAACAAGACUCAUCCUCUGGUCAAGUUCAAGACUCCUGUAAACCACCUGACAAUCUCAACCGAGAGUGAGACCAAGCAUGGAGUCCGUAAGCUCGGCGAUCGUGAAUUUGUUCGCAAUGUUCACUCUCCUGUCAUCCCCAACCGCAGACAGUCAGCCAAUGUCACCGCUCCUGUCAAGACUGUUGCCGACAUCAAGCCGUCGCCUCAAGCUGAAGAGAAGAAGGUUGAGGAGAAGAAGGAGGAAGUCCCGGCGCCAGUUCUACAGCCUGCUGCUGUUGCUACUCCCGUGCCCAACGCACCUUCCGCCGUUCUCCAGGCCCACUUCGUCGCCGAUCGCAUCCCUGACGGUACUGUCAUUGCUCCCAACACCCGCUUUGUUCAGUCCUGGACUAUUCGCAACCCUGGACCUGAUGCUUGGCCCGCUGGAUGCAGUGUCCGCUUUGUUGGUGGCGACAACAUGCUCAACGUUGACAACACUCAGGUCGCAGCCGUCUCUGAUAUUGCUGAUGCUACUGAGAGCAACGUUGUCGGUCGUGAAGUCUUGCCUGGUGAGGCUUUCCCUUUCGCUGUGACAAUGAAGGCCCCUGCUCGUGAGGGUAAGUGCAUCAGCUACUGGCGCCUCAAGUCUGCCGACGGCACGCCAUUCGGUCACCGUCUCUGGUGUGACAUCGAUGUCAAGAAUGCUCCAGUCGUUUUCACUGGGGCUGCUCCAGUGCCCCGCUCCCCAGUCACUGUUCAAUCCACAUCCCAGGCACAGAGCUACUAUGCUCUUUACAAGGAGCGCAUGAACGCAUUGAAGACACACCUUGACCAGACCAACACUCAGAGCUCAACGGCACCUACGAUGCCUGCUGCUGCUGCUCUUGCUGCAGCAGUUGCACCCACCGAGGUCUCGGAGGAAUCACAGAAGCCUGCCAACGCCGUCAUGGUCACUCAAACAUUCGAGGUUACCAAGACUCCUGCUGAGGCAGAUAUUGAAGUUGCCGAGUCAGAACAUGAGGAGGGUGAGCUGAAGGGUAGCCAAAUGGUCUUCCCCACCCUAGACAAGGAGAGUCCCUCGAGCUCAACCUACGAAUCCUUCAGUGGUUCAGGCUUGAGCAAGAAGGCACAUGAGGAGACAGAGCAGGCAUCCCAGACUUCUGACAUUGCCGACAGUGUUGUCAGUGAUGACGAGGGCUUCGAAGACAUCACCGACGACCUCGAAGUUCUCAGCGCUAACGAGGAGGAGACCUCGGAUGACGGCUUCCUCACCGACGACGACUAUGACAUUCUCGAUGCCAGCGACCAAGAGACCGUUGCAUCGAUGAAGUAAAAGCUGCAGCUUCUAGAUUGAGCAGAGAGUUACUCACACGAAUGACUCCUCAACCCACUUUUUCCUUUUGUUAUCGAUUCCUCGCCAUGAUUGCUGGUACUUCCAAGGCGAGGUGGGAUUUGAUGGUCACUCUUUAAGGGCAAGGAUUUCUCGUCUUCUUGAAAUGAUGGGAAGUGCGCAGAGGCAAACCACGGACUUUCCUUCAUACGUUACCUAGUGCAGGUAGUUUCUUUUUCCUAAUUACUUUUUCUAUGAUUAUUGCCGUCCU